AAGGCAGAAAAUGCCCGGAUUAGAUCAUAAACAACCAUGGAUCCGCAGAGAUGGUGACACUCAAGGUUGUAUAUCAAGUGCAUUUUAGAACAUCGUGUUCAGAAUAAAAGGGAUAUGGAUUGAGCUGGAUGACCGUUCAGCUGAUUGUCAACCACGAACCUUUCUUUGCUUACAGCGGGACAGUAUCUUGCAUGUGGUAUUGAAGAGGAGAGGAAAAAGCUUCGUGGUGACCUGCUAGAGGGAUUUCAAGGACCAGGGAGAGCCCCAAACAACUCCAAACAAGGAGGCCAGAACACAGGGAGACCAUAAAAACAAGGAGAUUGAGGUGGAAUAAUAGACUGUAUAUCUACACUGAUGACACAACCUUCUACUUAUACUCUUCCAACUCCAACUACAACAAGCUGGACACUAACCUAAAGAUUUUUUGAGUUUUCUGUGACCCAUAGAGUAGCCUAAACCAAAUCCAUGUUUCUAGACAGAAUCCAGUCCCAGUAGGUGGCAGGCAGCCAGCCACCUCCCUUCUGUGGGCCCGACCCACCUCUUGGGAACCAGUGAGUUGGUGGAGAACAACAUUGUGAGGGAGACGAUGGGCAACAAGAGCACCAGCCCCCCCAGAGACCCAGACACUGAGAAGACUCAGAGAGAGGAGGCAAACAACACGGAGACUGCCUCAGGAAGUGCCCCCCCAGGCCCUAGCCCUGACCUGCUAGCCUCACUACAGUCUUUGGGAGAACACAGUGACCACACACUGCUGCCACAGACUCUACACCAGAUAGCGGAGGCCUACUCCCUGGAAGAGGAAUAUCAGUGGGCAGUGCAGUUCCUGCAGCUGGAGAGGCUAUAUCAUGAGCGCCUCCUGUCUAACCUCACUGCCCUACAGGAAGACUGGGAGAGCCAGUGUAGAAAGUGUAACAGAGCAGCGGAGAGCACCUCACCAGGUGAAACCAACAGCAUUGGACAGGAACACAUAGAAAUACUGAGCCAGAUCUGCAGGACGCACCAGAGGCCAAUGCUUAGUGCGGAAAAGAGCAUGGCAGACACAGUGUUGAAAGACAACCACAACACCAAGGAGCAAUGUGAGAGGAAUGAGAGAGAAUCACCAUCCCACCAUGGAAAAGUCAGAGGCAGCAACCCUGUAAGACAGGGUGAGGAGGAUUUUGAGCAGACCACGUCAACAGGAGCUGACUCUGCCAUGGCUGAGGAAGAGGAGGGAGGAGUGGUGGAGGGAGGAGUGGAUGAGAUGGAGGCGGAAGGGCAGGAGGUGGAUGAAGAGGAGGUGUUUGAGGAGAGUCCAGAAGAGGAGGUACAGGUGGUGGAGUGGCCAGCGGGGGUUCCCCAAGCCUCAGCCAAAGACCUGGUCAAACUCUCUCAUGUGGAGGAGAGCUCCUCACCAGAUGGCCUGGUGUCCAUUCUGAAAAGGAGGAGGGCGUCAUUAGAUGGCCUGCCCCCAGAGGGUCCCGAUGCAGCCAAACAGAACUCCAAACGCAAGGUGCGCUUCAGCGAGCCAGAGGAUGGCAUGGAACCAGAGGAGGUGGGUGGAGACUCUUGUUUGAUCCUGCUGUUGUUGUGCUUAGUAACCGUGGUGAUCAGUCUGGGCGGGACUGCUCUGUACUGCACCCUAGUGGACACCUACAGUAGCAUCUGCACCGACUUCUCUCACAACGUGGACUUUUAUGUGGUCCAAGUACGACACUUCCUGGACGGGCUCAGACACUGGCUGUCCAUACUCUCAUAGUCAGCACAGUCUACCGGAGCAGUAAGGACAUACAGUCAGUCGCCUGCUGCAGCAGUAUAUGGACUUAUACAGAAGCCCACCUACUGCUACAGUCUAGGGACUCUUAUGAAACCCUAGGAGGAAGACAAGCAAAAAUAUACUGUAAGACUGGUAACACUAUUGGUUGGAGAGAAUGCUUUAGGUGAAGUCAGACACUGGCUCCCCAAACUGUCCAAGCCAGGGAAUAGAUUCAGUAAGAGGGUAUUAUAUACUGUAUGAACUGCUCUGAGACUGAGACAAGAGGGAGCACUUGACCCUAGUCCCAGUAUGAAUUAGAGAAGGUCAUUGAAGUUCUGGGAUAGAAUCUGAAAUAGAGUGAACGGGCUUGUGAGCAUUGAUCUCACAGGAGGCACAGGUGCAGACAUGUUGAACUACUGACAUUUCAUAUGCAGACUAAACUGUUUCCGGAACACUGCCUCCUCUUGACCAGACGUUUUUAACCUCAAGAUGGACACAGCACAAAAGAGCUCACAAAAACACAGGAACAAAACAUAGCAUUGUAAAGUAUAUUCUAGUUGGAUUUUUUUAUUUAAAAAAAUAUAGGUUUAUCUGAAUUUGUAAAGAUGUUUAUCUGAAAAACAGAUACAAUUCAGAUAAACAGUAAAGAUGUUUAUCUGAAUUUGAAAGCCUCGUGGUAAAAUUUGGGGUACAGUAUGCCAAUAAAAAACAGACAUUUUGGGGAUUGAAAGGACACUUUUUUUUAUCAUCAACAUUUCUGUGUUUUUCAUGACAAGUCUUCUCGACUCCUUGACUUGUCAAAUGUAGCCUACACGUUGUACAUUUUACAGCUGUUUUUGUACAUGGAGACAUGGGUUUAGAAUUGCUCUUACAUUCCUCUGAAGGUACGCAAGGUUGUUGACCACUGCAAAUGAAAGUCAUUUGGGAAGAAUGGCUCUCUGGAAUUGGCACAUUGUUAAGUCAAUUUGUUGAAAACAGAGUAAUAUCAAUACAAACAUGCAUGAAAGAUACUGUAUGUAUGGCUCUUGGUAUGACAAUAUGAACAAGGUUUAAUGUUCGUACAGCAAUGCAUUUAAAUGUAGUCAUGAUAUUCAGUACUGUACUGAUUACUCCAAUAUUUCAAGAACUUAUGUUAACUUUUUUGUGCUGAUCAAUAUUGUUAUGUAUUGUAACCAUACAUUUUGUAUUUUAUUCUAUGUGUCUAUUUUAAUGUAUUCAAUACAAAUCCAUUUCCUUGCUUUGGUGAAUAAACUUUGUUUGCUUUUUA